GGGGGCGGGACGCUCGCCCACCUGAUCCGUACAAAACGUUCUGUAUAAAAUAUUAAGUCGUAAAUGCAUUAAAUUUUAGUAGCUUUGCGUGUUUGAAUAAACUAUUAUCAGACAAAUACGAUAUAGGGCAUGGGAAAUUACAAAGAAUACUGACAUCGGCUGCAACGGACAUCUAAAAUGGGGGCGUCAUUCGUGUAGCAGUUUAAAUAAGGGUGGAUCCUUCUAGAGGCACGGCAAUUGGAGCUUGAAUUUAAAACAUUUUCUGUCGCUAUAUUCGCCUAGAAGAUACAAAAUAAGAUGAACGGAACCGCGAAAGAAGCGCGGCUCUUGACUGGAAGGUGACGAGACCGGAUACAUUUGGGGUUUGUCUGGUUCCGCCCCCGACGGGCGGGUCUGACGGAGGAACCUUAGCGGUCGGAGGAGCUACGCCGCAGCCCAGGACUAGCCAUUCGUGGAAAAUAGGCCGUCCUACAGCGGAAAGCAGCCAGCCCCGACUCCAUACCGUCCGGCCUUUUUUGUUGAACAACUCCUCUUCGUUUUUAUUAAUGCGGAAUGAGCGAUCAAAAGGAGGAAGCGAUGGCGGCAGACGGGGCUAAGGCAGCUGCUGGUGAUUAUAAUAAUAAAGGCAAAACUUCUGGAACACAGGACUCGCAGCCGUCGCCCCUCGCUCUCCUCGCCGCCACGUGCAGCAAGAUCGGCGGGGCUCCCGGAGAGGGCGGGGCCGGCGGCCAGCACAUCCUGAUCGACCCGAGCCAGGGCCUGGUGCAGCUGCAGGGCGCCGCGCAGCCGCUGGAGCUGGUCUCGGCGCCGCUGGCGGGCAGCGGCUGGCAGAUCGUCGCGGCGCCGCCCGCCGUCGCCAUGGCGCAGACCGGCGGGGCGGCGGUGACCAGCACCUCGGCCGGCGGCGGGGGCGAGCGCGCGGGCGGGAGGAGGGCCAAGGCUGCGGCGGCGUUGGCGCCCGCGCCCGCGGGGCAGCAGCAGCAGUUCCAGAUCGUCCAGGUGCAGAACAUGCCCAGCGCCGCGGGAGGGGUGCAGUACCAGGUGGUGCCGCACCUGCAGACAGCCGACGGGCAGCAGAUCCAGAUCACCCCCGGCAACCCCGCGGCCCUGAGCCUGCAGACCGACCCCAUCCAGCUCAUCCCAGCCGCCGCCGCCAACCCCGGCCUGCGGGCCAAUCAGGCGGUGCCGCUGCAGAUCCGGCCGGGCGUGUCCUUCCCCCUGCAGCUGCAGGCCGUCUCCGGCCCCCAGACGCAGGUGGUCGCCACAGUGCCCAUCAACGUGGGCGGAGUCACGCUGGCGCUGCCCGUCAGCAUGUCGGCCGGGGGCGGGGCCUUCCAGCUGGUGCAGUCCGCCGAGGGGGUGGGGCAGCUGGUGGCCACGCCCGUCUCCAGCGGGGCGGACUCCGUCGGCGCCGUCACCUCCACGACCACGCCCUCCGGCGGGGACUCCCUGGCGGUGACCUCUACGACCCCGGCCGAGCAGGGCGCCCCGCCCACAGAGGCCCCGCCCCCCGAGGGCGAGAGGCGGAACUCGGGCCACGCCCAGGCCAACGGGCUGCAGGUGGGCGAGGCGGGGGGGCCGGUGCAGCAGGUGCAGCUUGUCGGCCAGCCCGUCCUGCAGCAGUUCCAGGUGCACCCCUCCCAGCAGCUGGUGCAGGCGGGCCCCGCCCUGCAGAACCUGCAGCUGCAGGCCUUCUCGAACCCGGCGCCGGUGCUGAUCCGGGCACCCACACUGACCGCGGGGGGGCAGAUCAGCUGGCAGACCGUGCAGCUGCAGAACAUUCCGGGCCCCGCCCUGCCGCAGCAGCUCACCCUGGCGCCCGUCGCCUCGGGCUCCGCCUCUGCUGGAACCUUUGCUCAGAUCGCCCCCCUCACCCUCGCCGGCACGCCCAUCACCCUUAACUCCGCCCCCAAUGUCCAGACGCUCAACAUCGCCGGGCUGCAGGGGGUGCCCAUCACCAUCACCAGCCUGCAAGGCCAGCCGACGGGGGUGGAGGGGGUGAAGGUGCAGCCGUCCCCCGGUGGGGUGGCAGUGGGGGGGGCCGGUGGGGAGAGCCAGAGCCCGUCCAGCCAGGAGCCGCAGCCCAGCAAGAGGCUUCGCCGGGUGGCCUGUUCCUGCCCCAACUGCCGCGACGGAGAGAGCAGUGGGGACCCAGGGAAGAAGAAGCAGCAUGUGUGCCACAUGGAGGGCUGUGGGAAGGUUUACGGGAAGACGUCUCACCUGCGGGCGCACCUGCGCUGGCACACGGGCGAGAGGCCCUUCGUCUGCAACUGGAUCUUCUGCGGGAAGAGAUUCACCCGCUCCGACGAGCUGCAGAGACACCGACGCACACACACAGGGGAGAAGCGGUUCGAGUGUCCGGAGUGUUCUAAGAGGUUCAUGCGGAGCGACCACCUCUCCAAGCACAUCAAGACGCACCAGAACAAGCGGGCGGGCGCGGCCCUGGCCAUCGUCACCACCGAGGACAUGGAGGAGAGCACCGACGAGGCGCUGGGGUCGCCCGGGGUCGUCGCCAUGGCCGCGCUCUCCCAGGAUUCCAACCCCGCCACGCCCACCGUCACGAACAUGGAGGAGGAGUUCUAGCAGCCUGCGAGCACAAAUGCACAGACACGCACACACACACACACAAACACACACACGCACGCUUGUGCGCCGAAACAACACACUCAUGCAUACAUGCGCACAAGCACACACUUCACACACAGACGCAUACUCACAUACCAACACAACACACUCAUGCAUACAUGCACACACGCAAACACGCACUCAUGCACACACACAUACACACACACGCACUUUACACACAAACGCAUGCUCGUGUGCCAACACAACACACAUGCUUAUGUGCACAUACACACACGCACUUUACACACACAUGCACAGCAACAUGUGCAUCUGAAUUUGACAAAUUUUCUACCAGAAAAAUAAUUUUAGCUAUGUUCUUAAAAGAUGAAAGAAUGAUAUAUGGUUUGUACAUUUUCGGUAAAGUAGGGCCACUGUUAGUUUGGGUGGAUUCAGAAAGUCGAUUUCUAUGCACAAAGUACAUUUCUGUGUUUUAGUUAUGAAGGGGGAUGGGAGGCGGAGACAGGAUGCUACCUGUAAACAGGCUGGAAGGUGUGGGACGGGCAGACAGGUGGUACUUGCACAGGUACGCAGGACAGGAGUACAGGUACAGAAUCAUCUAGAAGCUGAGUGUGGGACUGAGGGUGUCUCCAGAGUACAUAUCUUAGUACUGAUAAACCUGAGAGCGCUCUGCUUUUACCAUAGAUCCCAUCAUUAUCUUUACCACGGAGUUCUGUCCUUAUCCUUACCAUAGAGUUCAGACCUUAACUGUAGAUUUCAGUUAUCUUACCAUAGAUUCAGUCAUUCUCUUUACCACAGAGUUCUGUCCUUAUCCUUACCAUAGAUCCCAUCAUUCUGUUUACCAUAGAGUUCAUACCUUAUCUUAACUGUAGAUUUCAGUCAUUAUCUUUACCAUAGAUUCCAUAAUUCUCUUUAUCAUAGAGUUGUGUAAUUUUUUUUUGCAUGGGUAAUGUAAUUGUCUUUGCCAUAGAGUUCAGUCAUUAUCUCUACCAGAGAUUCCACAAUUCUCUUUACCACAGAGUUCAGUCAUUACCUUUAUCGUGGAUUCAGUAACUCGCUUUACCAUAGAGUUCAGUUAUUCUUCUAAAGGAGAAAACUUCAUACGUUGAGUGAAAAGCACAGAGGUCAGAUUUAUUAGUAGUGCAUACAUUUAGGAAAGCUAUGGACUAAAGUGAGUUUUUUAUACUAUAAAAACAAUCUAGCUUUCUGCUGUGACACAGCAGGUGAAAGCGACACAAUUAAGACAAUCUGAGACCAUGUUUACAUUCGCAUAUUAUAAGUAGUAAUAGGUAAUAAUAAUAAUAAUAAUAAUAUAAUACAAACUGUUUGUUGUAUAGAAGCGAUCUCUCUCACUCAUUUACCACAGGAGCAGAUAGCAGACUGACUGUGCAGUACAAUGCCUUAACACAAAACACACACACACAACCUCUGGGGAUGGGUGGGUGGGUGGGGGGACCACUGGUCUGUGCGGGUGUGUGUGUGUGUGUGUGUGUGUGGAGUGCGGGUGGGAGGGCUCAACUUUCACAGUAAGCACAGCGGUCCCAGGAUUUGGCUUGUGACGUGCAAUACUGCACUUUGACAGUUUAACUGACACUUUACGGCAAGGCCCCAUUGACUAGUGCAGCCCGGACACCAUACUGACUGCAUGAAGCACAAACCUCUCAUUCCUCAAAAAGACCUUCACAGGCACGUCUGACGAGCGCCUAGCGCCCCCUUCAGGACGGACAGUGCUACUGAAGUGAUGGCUCUUGAGUAGUAGAAAGGAGCCUCUUUCACUUUGAAGGUUUUGGGGUAGUUUUUUGUUCCUGCUGUGAUCUGGAUCAUUCCUGACCGUUUGGUCUCGUUUUGGUGUUACGCCAGACCCCGUCGUUACCACGAUGUCUUCUGUCUGUGUUUUCCGUGAUCAAGUUUUUAAAAAAUGUUUUGUUUCUUUUUUUUGUUUUUUGUUUUUUUGGUUGUCUCAUCCUCAUACAGGCCAGUGUAGAAGGCCGCGUAUGGCUAAUUUAUUCUUUAUCCGUAUUAUUUUAAUAUUUGCUUGUGCAAAUUAAAAAGAUGAUGUGGUGUUGUGAGCUAUCACGUGCGGCAUGGUGUAUUUCUGCUUCCUGUUUUUAACCCUUUCAUACUGUAUAGCCUCCGCUUCUUCCAUUAGCUGCUAAACUUUUGUGUUGGGGGGUUUGGGGGGGUUGGGGGGGGGGGGGGGUAAAAUCACAAAAAAAUGUUUUAAACAGUGAUUUAUACCAAAUGAUUGAAAUGUUUUUGGUAACAUUUUGUGUGAAAAAAGAAAAAAAAUUCUUUAAUAUUUUCUAGUGACAUCUCAUUUGUAAAUCUUUUUCUAAGAUGUGUUUAUCACCCGGACCGUUUAGCCCCAAAGGCUGACAUCUGUUGAUAUUUUUAAGCCACAUUUGUACAGCGGUGUUAUGUGAAUGAAAAAGUUAAAAAGGUUGUCUGCAUAAAGUUUGCAUAAAACCGAAUAAAUAAAUUCAUAAUGCAAGACUA